AUGCCGACAAUGCACGCCUACGGAUACGGCUAUGCUCUGAUGCCUACAUCAUUCUUGAUAAACACCAUCAUACCAGCGCAUUUGGGAUUGUGUAUAUAUGGAGCACUCUUCUCACAGAGCCUAUCCCUCCUUGAGUAUCAUUUUAUCUAUCGCUAUCUCGCCAUUUGCAAAAGCAACUGCUUGUAUGUGUUCAACUCGUGGAAAUAUUUCAUCAUUCAUCUCCUUAUCUGGCUACUAAUGGGCCUUGUUUGGGGACUGAUUACACAUUUGUUCUUGAGCUCGCAGACUCUGGCAGACCACUUUCGGGAACCACUUUGGGAAAUCUAUGGCUUUGAUGUGAACAAGACGGCAAUUGUUGGGCCAUUGUACAAGCGCCAAAACGAACUCGGCGAAGUGGUUUGGGAUUGGACGAAUCUUUUUGCGCUGGGAGUUGUUGAGCUAAUACUUGGAGCAUCGUUCGCUGUAAUCAUCUUUUGCACUUGGCAAAUCCAAAAGACUUUGAAAACCACAGCAAUGAGCGAAAAGUCGAUCAGGUUGCAACACGAGCUCUUCAGAGCACUAUUGGUUCAGACUAUUGUUCCGGGGAUUUUUGAGUACACUCCUGGAGAUUAUCGAAAUGCGUUGAUUACCAAGUUUGGUACAAGAAUCAGAGUCUUGGGUGCAAAUGAACAUCAACUUGCUGGUAGCUGCUCAAAUCAC